AAGAGUAGAGACCCGAACCCUUAAUUUUUCAAUUCAGUCAAUCACACUUCACACAAUGGAGAAGAGAAGCAGAGACAGAGACAGAGACGGUAAAAUGGGAGCAGCCCCCCAUUCCCAGCAACAACCUCAGAACCAGAACCUUAACAGACCCUCUUCUGGUAGACCACUUCCGCCGCCUCCUCCACUUCCCCAUCCUCAUCCUCAUCCUCAGUCCAGGGCUCCACCACCACCGCUUCCAGCUCGACCUCGCUUUGAGCCCGUUGAUCGUGAAAAGACUUGUCCUCUGUUGCUCCGGGUUUUCACUAAGAAUGGAAGUCAUCAUGGUGAGGAAGAUUUUGCAGUGAGAGGCAAGGAACCAAAAGAUGAGGUUCAAAUUUAUACAUGGAAGGAUGCGACACUCCGUGAAUUAACUGAUCUUGUUAAAGAGGUUGCUCCAGAAGCCAGGAGAAGAAGUGCUAAACUGUCUUUCGCUUUUGUAUAUCCUGAUAACCGUGGCCGUUUUGUUUUGAGAACGGUGGGGACAACUCUUUCUUAUGGAAACGGCAGACGACUAGACGAUAGCAAGUCAUUGGGUGAACUUAGCUUCCAGAUUGGAGAUUACUUGGAUGUGGCAAUCUUUUAGAGGAAAAGUUGUUGAUGCAUGAAGUGGCUAUGCUGUUGUUCUGAGGUGGCAUCUUUGCUAGACUAACUUGGGAGGUCUUACGCAUUUGGUUUAUUAAUCCAUCUGUAUGAGGAUGUGUUUAAACGCUUUAACGGUUAAGCUUUCCUUUUACCUGGAUGGGUGCUGCAAUGUUUUUGUAUGAAUGUUUUAACUCUAUAACAUUGUUCAAUCAAAUAUCGUUGGGAUCUAAUUCCCACAACGUUGUUUUAUCA